AACUUGCACAGAAUAUCAAACAUAAACGGAACCCAAUCUAUCCUUUGACCAGUUUAUCAGUUCUCAUCUUUGAGAAAAGUUGCAGACGCAACAUGUCCCUGUCUAACUGGUCUUCAGCCGAUCUCUGUACUAACCAAAUAUAUGAUCAUGAUGUUUCUUGAGCUUUCGGGGCCCCGACAGCCGAGGUUUCGCUAAUCGAUUGCAUUCUGCUCUUGUUGAAGUGGGUAUUGUUACUUUCUUAGACAGUUAAAGCUUACAGAAGGGGGAAAAUAUCCCCUCUUCUUUGGACCAAGGCAUUCGGUCAAGCAGAAUCUGUAUUCCAAUUUUCUCCAAAAAAUUUGCCUAUUCGAAAUGGUGCCUGAAGGAAGUAGGGUUUAUGGAAAAGUGUGGGAAAAGAAUCAUACCUCUGUUUUACUAAGUUUUUUCUUCAGACGUUCGUAACCCGGAUGGAGGCAUGUAUGCAAAAGAUUUCGAGCAACAUGAAAGUAAGAAAGCAUUCAGCCCUGAAGAAAUCACUGAAUUGAAAAGUGCAUUACAGCGUGUUGGAGGUCUCCCUGGCUGGUCACACGAUCAAAUUUCCGAAGAGGAAAUUUUGAUUAAAGAAGUUUUGGAGAAAAUUGUGAACAUCUUACUUUCAGAGAAGGGAUGUCUGGACAUUCCAAAAUGCUUUGGUUUAGACUGGCAAGUGGAGCACCUUUUGAGAUCACUAAACAGAGCAGAUCGUCAGAAGGAGGUUGUGAAAGUGGGUAUACAUGGGAUGGGCGGGAUGGGCAAAACAACCCUCGCCAAGGUUGUUUACAAUCAACUGCUCUACUCUCGGUUUGGAUUGCAUUAUUUUGUACAACGUGUGGGUGAAAGAUGUGACGAAAAAAAUGGGCUUGUAAAGCUGCAGACCCAGAUGCUCGAAGAUAUCUCACCAUUCAGAGACGAAGUGGAUCAUGUUGAUAGAGGUAAAGCUCUCUUGCAACACUUUCUCAAGGGUAAGAGAAUUGUCCCCCUGCUGGAUGACAUUCAAAGUUCCGAGCAGCUAGAAGCUCGGGGGGGGGGAUUUUACUGACUUAGGGGAAGGUAGUUGUUUGCUUAUUCCAACGCAGAAUCAACAAAUUCUAAAAUGUUAGAAUAUAAUCCCAACUACCUCCACCGUAUAGUCAAUUUUAUAAUCUAAAGCCUCCGUAACAAUAUUAUUACUUGCCAGGAGCUUUUAUCAAUUUCAAAUCUUUCGUAUCCUCCAUAUCUGCAGUCUACAGAUCUUAGUCAGAUUGGAAUGAAUUGUUUCAACUUGUCUACUGUCACAUCUACCAUCUUCACACACAUUCUGGAUGUUUCUGAUAUUUAUUGUUGACUUAUCUUCUCAGUUUCGUGCACUACAAGUUGUAAUGAAAUCUCCCAUAUAGUCAAUGUAUUCCAGAAAGAUCAGUAGACCUCAAUAUUAUGAGGCAUUUUGUAAUCAGUUCUGUGAUGAAUGAAAAAAAUGGAUUGUACAAUUAAAAUC